CUGGUCUUGAUCUCCUGACCUCAGGUGAUUUGCCCACCUCUGCCUCCCAAAGUGCUGGGAUUACAGGCAUGAGCCCAUCAGGUAUUUCAUUACAGCAAUUCGAGAUGAACAAAUACAAGUGGGGAAGGCAAGACUAACUCACAGAACUCUUGGCAUUGGUUGGUGCUAUGGGUCAAGCUUGUUGCAUGAAUGGAGAUGGGAGAAGGAAGAAGAGCUGGGCUGCAUAUCCGGAUGAUGCUUCUGGAGGACAGAAGAUUUGGGCAGGGCCUGGAAAUGUGGUUAGGAGUUCAACAGACAGAUGAUAAAGAUUCUCAUUCUGGGAGGGAGAGACAUCAUCAAGGAAAUAGUCACAGAAAUUAAGAUAACACCUAUAGGCCUCUUUAUAUGCUUUAUUUGAUCCUCCUAGUAACCCUCUCGAGGUAGGUUUUAUGAUUGUUAUUCCUAAUUUAUAGGUGAGAAACCUAUGCUGAGAGAGGUUCAAUAACUUGCCCGGUGUCAGGCUGCUGGUAAAUAACUUGUCAGGCUGCUGGUAAAUGGCAGAGCUGGGAUCCGAACCCAGAUUCCAAGGCAUGCGCACUUAGCCAUUAUCUAUAUUCUCCAAAAGCAGGAUGUGCAAGAGAUGCCUCUGUGACUGCAUUGGCCCAUUUCUUUAUUUGUACAGUAAACAGUAACUGGGACCUGCUGUAAUGCCAGCCACCCUUGGGUGCUGGGGAUGGAAAUGAAAGGCAAGGCUCUUGUCCUGUCUCAUGGGGCUUUAAUACAGCAGGGAUAGGACAUGUAAGGAAGGAAUUGUAGUGCAGCUGGCUCUCUGCUAGAGGCGUGUGCAAGCUGGGAACAACUAGCUCUGUGUUGGAGGGGAGGGAGGUCAUAGAAGAAGUUCCAGUGUGUGUGGGAACUGGGUGGGGAGGGGGAGAAGGAGCUUGUCAGGAAGGCUGUUCCAGCGGAGUGAACUGCAGGGUGGGAUGGGGUAAUGAAGAGGUGGUAGGGAUGUAGCAGAGGGAAAGCGGCAGGCAGUAGGAGGUGGGGCAGCAGGGCCUUGAAUGCCACACAGAGGCAGGCACUGGACAUGGGCCACACUGGAGACUUGUGGGGGGGGGGCUGCCUGUGGUCCCAUCGACAGUGUGUGAGGAGAGGGAGCUGAGCACCCUGGAAACCUGUCCACAGAGGCCUGACAUGGAGCGGCCUUCCUUUCUCAGGUUACCCAGCACUGCCUGAGUAAUCUGGGGCUGUGCUUGACAUGGCCGAUGAAGAUUGGUAGGUAGCUUCCUUGUCCCUACAGCACAGCCCCGGCUGGGCCUCUGCUUUGCUGAGCAGAGCAGCCUCACUCAGCAGCAAGCAGGCCACACAGGCAUCUGGAGAGGGCGCCGGGCCGGGGGUUCUUGCUCAGUGACCUUGGUAGUUUCUUGAUGUCUCUGGGCUGCUGUGACAUGAAGGGACUAAAUGAUCUCUGAGGUCCCUUGCAGCCCCAAAAAUGUGAGUCUGGGGGUGAAAUGGGGUGGGAGGAGGGAAACAAGCUGAGUGGGGAGAAGGAGGUGGGUGUGUGAAAGGGUAUGGCUGUUCAGCUGAGUGCAGGUAAUUCACCAUUCAACGGGGAUUUGGUCUGAGCUCCCAGGGAUGACUGUUCAUGCUGCAUCCCAGAAAAGAAUGGGCAAACAGAGCUGCUGUUCUCUGAAAUCUCAUUGGGUGCUGCUCCUUACAUAAACCAUCUCUCUCAAUCCCAGAGCAAUACCAUGGCUUAGUAGGUAUUGCCCCCAUUUUGUAGAUGGGAAACUGAGCGUCUAAGAGCUCCAGUGUCUUUGUCCAAUUUUCAUAUUGUGAAUAGCAGAGCUGGGAUUUGAACCCAGACUUGCCUUUGUCUUUUGUACUUUACUACAUAGCCCCGAAAGGGUGUCUUCAUCCUGCUCAGACUUCAGGACAUGUUGUGCUGGGCCCACAGGCCAUGGGUGCCCCACCGGAUGACCACCUUCUCGUUGGCACCACAGCAGCCAGAAAACAUUAUGUUGUUAGACAAGAAUAUUCCUAUUCCACACAUCAAGCUGAUUGACUUUGGUCUGGCUCACGAAAUAGAAGAUGGAGUUGAAUUUAAGAACAUUUUUGGGACGCCGGAAUUUGUCGCUCCAGAAAUUGUGAACUACGAACCCCUGGGUCUGGAGGCUGACAUGUGGAGCAUAGGCGUCAUCACCUACAUCCUCCUAAGUGGAGCAUCCCCUUUCCUGGGAGACACGAAGCAGGAAACACUGGCAAAUAUCACGGCAGUGAGUUACGACUUUGAUGAGGAAUUCUUCAGCCAGACGAGCGAGCUGGCCAAGGACUUCAUUCGGAAGCUUCUGGUUAAAGAGACCCGGAAACGGCUCACAAUCCAAGAGGCUCUCAGACACCCCUGGAUCACGUCAAAAGGAGAAGUCAGAGCCCCCGAAGAGCGGAAGACAGAGCCCACCCAGCUGAAAACCAAGCGCCUGAGAGAGUACACUCUCAAAUGCCACUCAAGCAUGCCUCGCAACAACUCCUACGUCAACUUUGAACGUUUUGCCUGUGUGGUGGAAGACGUGGCUCGGGUGGACCUGGGAUUCCAUGCCCUGGUGGAGGCCAACGAUACCAUCCAGGACGAUGUGGAGGCCCUGGUCUCCAUCUUCAAUGAGAAGGAAGCUUGGUACCGAGAGGAGAACGAGAGCACCCGGCACGACCUGUCCCAGCUCAGGUAUGAGUUCCGCAAGGUAGAGUCAUUGAAGAAGCUGCUGCGAGAAGACAUCCAGGCCACGGGAUCUAGCCUCGGAAGUGUGGCCAGGAAACUGGACCAUCUGCAAACCCAGUUUGAGAUUCUGAGGCAGGAGUUCUCCGCAGACCUGCAGUGGAUCCAGGAGCUGGUGGGCAGCUUCCAGCUGGAGAGUGGGAGCUCCGAGGGCCUGGGCUCUGCAUUUCGCCAGGACACCAGUGAACCCCUGUCAGAGCUGCUCAGCAGAUCAUGCACUGAGGAAGUCCUGGCCGGCUGGAAGCUCUGAUCACCAGAAUUUAGUCAGUGAUGCAUUCCAAGAGGUUUGCAGAAGCAUGUUCUCAUCCAUCCUGCUGCGGCAUCCAGCUAGAAUUAUCCUGCAGGGGUGUGUGUCUGUAGUAUAGCCUUCCACCCUCUCCACAGAAUCCAGAAUCGCUGAGGUGUCAGUUCAUUCUUCAUUCUGCACCUCCCCUCACCAAUCUGGUUUUCUGGGAGGAUGCUGGCAGGGCAGCCAAGCUGUUAAAACAAUUAGAGAGUGAAUACCCCUUAGGGUCCCCUUCUCCAGAGGGAGAAUGGCUGGCCCUGGAGAGUUGCUUGAGAAUUGAUUUGUGAUGAAGGAUUUGUUCACAUCUCACUCUCUGCCUACAUACCUUAUGGACUGUAGAUCUUGGGUAAUAUUUGAGUUAAUUCAGUAUAACUAAGUCAGCAUGGUGCUUUCCUGCUACAGAAGCAGGAAUUUAAAAUGCAUAGAGAAAAUAAUAUUGCCUUUCGUUUGCAUUGAUUUUUCACUUACCGUGCACUUAUGUCUGACAAAUGACCUCACUUGAUCCUUAAAAGAACUCAGUGAGAUAGGAAGGUGGGUGGCAUUAUUAUUAUUAUUAUUAUUAUUAUUAUUAUUAUUAUUAUUUCCAUGUAACUGAUGAGAAAAUUGACUCAGAGAGGGAAAAUGAUAUAGUUAAUCAAUACAGAUGAAACAGAAACCCAGGAUUCCCAUCUCUAAGAUGUGGUAUAUGGGAGAAAGUAGUAAGGCUUUGCUGUAAAUAGCUACCUUAAUAUUAAAGUCCAGGUCCCAGAGGCAAAGUAAGCAACUUCAUGCAUUCUGCCAGGUGUAGGUGCAAUGCAUACACCUGCAGAUGAUUGUCCCAGGAGCUCUGUCCCAGAAGGUACAGUCAUUGUCCCUGCUCAGCCGUGUCUCUGUCUGAAGACCAGUCUGCAAGCAGGAGAGAAGGAAAGAAGGAGUCUUCCCAUUCCCCACCCUUUUCCCUCUUCUGGCUAAUGGCCCCAACUUUGUGUCAAGAAUAAAGACCAGAAGGUCCUCAACAAGAGGUUCCUUUUCUUAUAUACCUAGGCCAUUGGGCCUUGAAGGCCUAAGAAAUUCCAUGAGGGUUUUUGAAAAGGGCGAAUGUAAAGAUGAGGAAGCACAAGGCCACAUGGUCCUUUCAUUACCCAAAGCUUUGAGCACCCCUCCCCAAGGAUGAUAAGAUCUCAUCUCCCUUUCUCUGGGAAAGGGGACAGUCAACUAACUCAUAACAACAGAGCUUGGCAUAGGAGCCCAUUGCUGAGCUAGAAGCUUGUGGGUGGGGCAUAACUUGUAUAGUUCAAAGUGUCUUCACAGCCUCACAAAAUAUCCCUAUCUUACAGGCAGACUAAAUGAUAUUCCCAAUUUAGAGAUGAGGAAACAGACAGAGGAUGGGAUUUUCCCAAGGUCACAUCAUUAUGGCAAAAGUAGAGGCCUUCUGAUGACAAGUCUGUUGCUCUUUCUGCUUCCCCUGGCUGCGCCAGGCUCCAGAGGUUUACUGCCUGCUUGUGGGGGCAGCUCACACCUGGAUUCAUCCAUCCAUUUACAAAUUAUACUUAGGCAUCAACCAACUGCCAGUUGCCUGGCUUGACUCUGGGGAUACAAUGUUGAGUAAAAACAGGCCUGAUUCCUGCCUCACGGAGUGCUCAGUCCAGCGAAGGAUUUGAACAUUGAUCAAGAAUCACAGAAAGGUAGAGCUGCAGCUUGUGUUUAUGCUGGGAGAGAAGCACGUAGUGCUGCAGGGGCCUGCCGUCGGGGUCUGACAGCGUCGGGGGAAGCGUCCUGAAGAGUGACACUGGAACAGAGAUCAGCUAAGCCAACCAGGGAGAGAGAAGUUUCCCAACAGAGCCACCAUACCAGGGCUCUGUGAUGAGAGGUGAUGUGGAAGGUUGAGAAUGCGAGGAUUGAAAGCUGGAGGGGAGAGAAUGGAAUAUAGUGUGGAAAUGACCAGAGAACAGGCAGGACCAGCAGGGCUUUGGCCAUGUAGAAGAACUCUGCCUUUAUCCCAAAAGUCAAGGGAAGCCAGCAGGUUCCCAGUGCUGGGGAAGGAAUGCCUCAUGAACAGCUCAGAUAGGAAGUGGUUUAGGACAAGACAGGAAAGUUUCAUCUCAUGAAACCAUUUCUUCAAAAUCCUAUCUCCUUUUCUAUUCACAUGAAGGAUCAUUUCAAAUAUCAUAUACAAUAUUUGUAAUAAAAACUUUCUUCAUCACUUACGAGAAACCAUGGUGAUAAGAUGCAUCAUCAUUUUAUGGACCACUAAGAAAAAAAAGCCUAAGAUGGGGAGUCUAAUAGGAACCUCCCUCUACCCCCACCAAAUAAAGCUGUGAUGCCCUCAGUGAGAGGGUAAAUGAGAAAGGGGGAGCAAGGAAACCCGUGUGUCUCAACCUUGACACUGAGUGGGGGUGAAAAAUCCUCCCCUGAGAACAGGAGUCCCAAGUCGGUGGUACUCAUGCAGGUUUGCUUUCUGAAUUUGUACAAUCAGUGUGAUCUAAAAGAACAUCAAGCAGAGAAUGUAACGUCCAACAGUCUGAGGCUGGGUGGCCCUGGACGGCUAGCAGAAACAGUACUGUCCUCUUCCAGAGCACCUGCCUUCUCUCCAGGCCAACAGUAAGAAUAUGAUACCAUCGUCUGGGAGAUGCCUCCUGACUUCAGAGAUCCAAAAAUGUACAUCUUGGAACCAGUGAAAGAUGACAAAAGCUCCGUUUCCUACAUCCCACCCAAGAGAAUUGGUUCAAAUGACCUGUCUACAGUCUCUGCAAGGUCUUACCUGCCCUGUCACAGGAAGUUGUAUACAUGUUUGGUGCUGAGACACUGCAAAUAUUAAAUGUCCCUUUGGUCAUGUUAACAGAACUUUACCUUCACACAGCCAGGUUUCUAAGGAGAGGAAGCCACUGAUGGGGCAACACAGGGCAAGCUCUUUGGUGAAGGUCAAAAUAGAAUGCAGGCCCGGUGUGGUGGCUCACGCCUGUAAUCCCAGCACCUUGGGAGGCCGAGGUGGGUGGA